CCGUUGCCAUCGCGGCCGCGCCGCCGGCCAUGGCGGCGGAGGAGGAGGACGACGUGGAGUGGGUGGUGGACACCAUCGCCGGGUUCCUGCGGGGGCCCGCCUGGUCCAUCCCCAUCCUGGAGUUCAUGGAGCACAACUGCGAGGUUUUUGAUGACGAAGAAGAAAGCAAGUUGUCUUACACAGAAAUUUAUCAGGAGUACCAAGCUCUGGUGGAGAAGCUGCUGGAGGACUAUCUCAAAGAGGUUGGAAUCAACGAAGAGAAGUUCCAGGAGGCUUUUUCAUCCCCGCUUGCCAAGACCCACACCUCGCAGGCCAUUCUGCAAACGGUGUUGGCAGCAGAAGAUUUUAGGCUAUUUAAAAAAAUGAUGGUGCAGAAAAAUGUUGAAAUGCAAUUGCAAGCCCUUCGGAUCAUUAAGGAAAGGAAUGGUGUCUUGCCUGAGUGUCUGACAGAAGGUUCUGAUGUGUUCAGUGAGAUUGAGCAAGAAGAAAUGAAAAUACUCAAGGAGGUUCUCAGGAAAUCUAAGGAAGAAUAUGACCUGGAGCAGGAGAGGAGGAGGACUGAGGAGGCACAAGCUAAACUCAAAGCACCAGAUGCCACCCACAGUUCUCCAGGGAAUUCGAGAGGAGCUGUAAAAGUAAAGGAACCCACUGAGGGAGCUGAGGGUGCUGCAGAAACUCCAAGAUGUGCACCAGAGGGAUCUCAUAAAUCUCCAAAGGAGGACCUGAAACCAGUCUGCCCAGUACCAAAAGGAGCUGAAAACUCACCUCAGCCCUCCUGUGCCAAGGGGAAAGAGGACUCCAAGAAGAGGCCUGCUGGGAAACGUUCAGAGAGCACAGCACAGAAAGCUGCUCUGAAAGGGCCUAGUUUAUCGGAAACCGAACAACAGGAGCUGAAGCAACGUGAGGAAUAUCUGAAGAAAAAACGAGACAUGCUGCUGGCCACAAAGAAAGAGUCAAAAACCAGGGCAGCAACACCCCCAACCACUGACCAGAAGGAGGAGGAAACACCCAAACAGGAAGUGUCAGAAGAGAAGCAGAGGUUGCUCCAGAAGAGGAAGAUGCUGGCAGAGAAGCUAAAAGAAGAGGUCAUUAAUAAGCGAUAGUUUGAAGAGCUCCUUGCAGGCCCCAGGAACAGAAGGAUGUUUUUAGAACAGAUCGUACCAUCAGUGAGUGGAGGGGUUUGGUUUCCAAUCUUACCCUUAGCUUUCUAGAACUCUCAGACAAGCAGCUCAGCCCUUGGUAAAUCACUGUUGCAAUUGCACUGACACGCCGUGAGCGCCCGUGCCCAGCAGGGAGCCCGGGACAGCCGGACCUGCCCCAGCCUCUGCAGAGCCUGCACAACAGAAGCACAGAGGGAGAGCAGGUGAAGUCAUUCCUGUGGCAACAGGUCAGAGCUAGACACGGUAACUUUGGCUUUUUUAACAGUACACAACUUGGUCCUUUUAUUAGCCCAUCCUAAACUCACUCCUUUGCAGCUGUGCGAUGUAAUAAAGGCUGAUUCCCCAAGGAAGUGCAACCUUGGCCACCUCACUUUUCAGGAAGGUGAUGCAGCAUAGGGAUGUAAGAAUGAACUGCAGGUUACAGCCUUCUACGGACUCCUGGGGCCCUUCACCAGCCCUGGGGUCCAGGUUUGCUACCAACACUACUUUAGGUAAAAGGAAUUGCUUCGGUUGCAAAGCUGGGGCUGUCCCCAGCAACUCCCUCCCAGAGUGGUAGAAAUCUUUUAAAUCCUUUACUGGUUUGGCCUUGAGAGACUGGAAGUGGGGAAAGAGGCCCCCCUGUGCCCAGGGCAUCACAUCCCUGACUGCCCCAGCAGCCCACGGGAAAAGAGACAAACCCACCUGGUCAAGCUCCACGUCCUUUUUAUUAAAAUAGCAUUUGUAACUGGUACAAGUUGGCAGGUGCUCUGUUCUUUCCCAAAAAGGGGGGUAGUGGGAGGGCCCCAGGCAGGGGAACCAGCACUGAGGGGUGACAGCCCCAGGCAAAGCCAUGGCAGAGCGCUGGGUGUCACCUCCUGGCAGUGUAGGUGGCUUUAAUGGGACAGCUCGUGCCACUUGGCUCCCAGAAAAACUCACCCCAUUCUUGGAGUUGCUGUAAAAUAUCUCCUGUGGGUCUGUCUGUGGAGCUCCUGCUGGGGCUGCAGCGAGGCCUGGGGCUGAGAGCAGGGUCAGGACUGAGCUUCCCUGGAUCCCUGGGCUGGGGCUGAUCCUCUGGAACAGGACACGCAGGUCCCUCCAGGGGUGCAGGUGAAGGCACAUCCAGUGCAGCUGCUCCAUGCCCUGGGAGUUGCUGAGGAAGUUCAUCUUCCAUGGGGAAGCAGAGCCGGAGGCAGGUGCUGAUGGGGAUGCUGCAGCUCCACGUUCCCAGCAAACACUUCCUCAGAUCCAGAGCUGUUCCAUCCCCCAGGUGGAAACAAGGAGUCCCCUCUGGGGGGGCUGGAGCCCCCAGGGGCAGCCCCGCUGUCCCCACGUCCAUCCAGUGCUCAGGCAUCAGAGCAGCUCCCACCUUCCCUCCGGGAUCCCAGCUAGGGCUGGACAGGUACUUUUGGAACUGCAGGGACAACUCAGCUUAGACAAUGCCCUGAAAUGGCCACAGUUCACUCACCACAUGCAAAAAACCAAACCAAAGCAGCCAUUAUGGAAUUACAGGGUCACAUUUUAAUUCCUGAAUUUUACAGUUCAGCAUUAAUAUCACCACAUGUAUACAAAUGGUGUAAAACAAGUACAGUGGUAUCUUUAAUACAAAAUAAACUUCUGUUUUAUGGAAAAAAAACUAUACUUCAUAUCUACACAGACAGCCCAUCUUUUUCCAAACAAGAGCUAAAAUUAAAACUAACUACAAAAAAAAAAAAA